GGCAGUCCAACGGCAACAUUCGUCCUAUUUUCCUGGACUGCUAUGUUAGCUUGGCGAUAACUAUUAAUAAUUUAAUUGAUAUUUCAAAGAAAUUUCGAAUUCUACCAGUAUAAAUAAUAAAUGGCUUUAACUAAAAUACAACUGCAGUCUAACUAUAACCAGAAAUGACAAUUACUUUUCACUUCUUUCUUAUUGAUUUCUUUCAUCUGAAAGUUUCGAAGAAUCUCAGACCUCAGCUGCCUUGUUUUCCAUCUAACAAUUAUUCAUUUGUUUGCUUAACACGGUGUUGAUAUAAUGUCGAAAAGGUAUUUUUAUGGCAGUCAGUUAAAAAGGCUACAUUCUGAAACAUUUUGAUAUCAUAACAGCUUAUUCAAAGUACUUCUGUUUAGGACUAUUCAACAUCGUAAGCAAUUCUGCUUUAAUAUAAUACAAUACAUUCUAAUAUAUUAUAUAAUAUAAUACAAGAGCAAAGUAAGAUUAUAUGGCGAGUAGAACAUUGCAGCUACCACUACCGACGUAACUGAUUGUAUUUUUGCGACCUGGGGCAAAUCUGUUUUAUAUUGUUUGAUAGUUGUCUCUCAUGGCAAUAUACACCAAUGAUUGAUCGAUCAUAUUGGGGUAAAAAAAUCGAAGAGACUGGUGUACGCCAGCAUGGAACAUCAAGCCGUAUUUUAGGUAUUGGCAUUUUCAUCACCGGAUUACUGUUUCUGGCUGUUGCUCUCAUCAUGGGAUUUGAGUUCCCCAAACUCAUCUACACUGGAAUUACUGGCCGGCAGUGUUAUUUCUCUGACCAAAGUAUAAACUAUGAACAAUGGAAAAAUGAUGACUUCUACACACACUAUAACAGGAUUUAUUAUUUCGUGAUUGACAAUGUCGACGACUAUUUGUACAGAAAACAGAAGCCCAAGAUACGUGAAGUCGGACCCUAUGUCUAUAAAGAAUCUAGAAAACAUACACAAAUAGAUUUAUUAGGAUCAAAGCUAUCUUAUGAAAUAUUACGACAGCAGACUUUUGAUGAGCAUCAAACGAGGUUAGAAUGUGGUAUAAAUUGCCAUGAAAAUGAUAAGCUGAACAUUUUGAACUUGGAAUACUUAUACAAUGUUUCUUUGUGGGGAGGAGAAAAUAAUUUUAUACUUUCAAACAUCCCUAAUCUCUUACAACAUCAACUUCAUUUAGCUUUCAUAUUAUAUAAUGGUACAGACUUUUAUGGUGACUUAGCGAAAUUCCCAUCAGAAGAUUGGUUGCAGAGUAACCCGAAUGCUUCCCUUAAUUGGUCUAUCACUGAUUGGAUAACUCAACAGACGAUAAUAUCCAAGCAGUUAUUAACAAACUUGUCUUUCAACACAGAUGAGAUACAAGCUCUGUACAAUGUGAUUAUAGAUCCUCAAAAAUUUGGUACAACCUGCUUAAAUGGUCUCAAGAGAUCCACCCAAUGCAUCAAAGCUGAACAGAAGAUGACUGAAAAUGAAUGUGUUGAUAAAGACAAUAAUCAACAUUGUAAAAAUGCACAAAAAACAGAAAAGCAGAAUUCUACAUCUGAAUUUGGUUUAAUUCAACAUUUAGAAAAUUGGAAAUUAACCAAUGACACGAUCCAUCAUGAACAUAUCCAACAGUUAUUAUGCUCGACUGUUGCAAACUUCUCUAUCAAUUCCACCAUUGACUGUUUUGUCUUUGACAAACACAACAAGACUUUGAAUAUUUUCAUGGAUUUGCUCUUUGAUUAUGUUUUCUCUCACUUGGCCUCGCUCAGUCAUAAUUCUUUGCCACCGGAAUCCAGGAAUCUAAUUUUCACAACUACUCAACAGGAUAUAGCAAAAGGUUAUUUUACAGGAGAAUACAAGCACAAAGGUAUCUUGACUAACAAUUUUGAUGUGAAAGACACAUUCCAGGAAAACCCCAGGUGGAUAUUUUAUACCUGCCUUCAUGAAAACCAUAUUAAAAACAACUUUCUUCUGACUGAAUAUGACAACCAUACCUGCAUCCCAGCAAUUUACUUCCCACGAGUCACAGCAUCAUCAAAGCUAAAAGUGAAUGGUUACGUAUAUUUUACACCACAGGCUCCACUUACGACUGUAUGCCGAACCCCAGUAUUUUACUCAGAUAAAUAUUCAAUGUUUAUGCCUGAGUUCUGGCGAACAUUAACGUUUUCUAAGCAGAAUGAGCUAGAAAUGAACUGUGUCAGAGUGGGCAGAUAUUUACCUGUUAAUGAUGAAUUCAAAGUCGAUGGAUUCUUCAUUGAAGAGGAUGGUAUUCAGAAUGUUACUCAACAAUAUGGUUAUAUGAGUUUCUUAAGUCAUCCCUACUCAACAGCCAGCAACAUUACACAAGUAGAAAGAAAAACAAAAAGCAACAAAUCCCAUUGUUAUAUAUAUAUUGAACCAGUAACAGGACAGAUUUGGCAUCGAGUAAUCAGUUUCCAGUUUAACAUCAAGAUUUCCAGAAAACUGUUUGAUUCUAAAUGGAAGCAGCCUCUCAAUUUGGCUUCUUUUGAACAUCUCUUACCAGUUUACUGGGUGAAAACAGUUACAACAAUGACACAAAUUCAGCCAUACAAAGAUUUUGUAACAAAUAUGAGGAGAUGGGCAUGUGGAGGUUUGAUCAGCUUUACUCUCCUAGCUUUGUCCAUCAUGAUGUGUGGUAGCUUUAUCAUCUUUAAGCCUUAUGUCUUCAACAGAGUGCAUCCUUUACCAGAAACAACUACUUGAAAACAUUGAUGGCCAGAAAUCCCCUUUUUGGCAUUGAGUCAUGUAACAUACAUCUGCCUGUUAAAACUGCAUUAUGUUUGUGACAUUUAAGACAAAUGAUCGUAAAGUCUUAGAUUUAAAUACUUCAGUUUUGAUGUCAGAUAAUCCAGUUAACUUUAUUAUUUAAAUCUUAAAAAACUUUACCCAAAAUCUCAAGUAUUUUGUAGUUAUGUCUCUUUUAAAAAUAUAUAUUUACAUACAUGUAUGUCCACAUGCUGUUGAGUAUGUAUCUCAAGUUGACUGUAAAUUGCCACAUGUAAUUGUUAAAUAUGUCUUUUAGAUAAGAAUCAUUAUAUGCAAAUGAGAACAUUCUGACAUCCAUUAUGAUUAUAGGAAAAUGCUGUCUCUUUUAUAUCAUUACUUCAGUAAUUAUAUAUUACUUAUUCUAAGGCAACGAGCUGGCAGAAUCGUUAGCACGCUGGGUGAAAUGCUUAGCAGUAUUUCGUCUGAGUUCAAAU